GUUUUAGUAAAUCUGACCCCAAUCUCCUCACCCCAAUCUUCUCCAAUUAUAUCUAUGCAAUUAGCAGGGACUGUAUUGUAUCACACUUAUCAAUUUUUCUGCCUUCCGCCAUUGUGAGGAAACGUCUUGCUACGAACGCUCGCCAUGAAAGCGCUCACAUAUCAGGGCGCGAACAAUCCGCCACAGCUUUCAGCAGUCCCAGACCCAAAGCUGCAGAAUCCUAAGGAUGCAAUAGUUAGAAUGAAAUACUCCUCAAUCUGCGGCACUGACCUUCAUAUACUAAAAGGCGAUGUACCUACUAUUCCCGCAGGCCGAAUAUUGGGCCAUGAAGGCGUCGGCACGAUUGCAUCUGUUGGCGCUGGGGUACAGUCGUUCAAGGAAGGCGAUGAUGUGCUGAUAUCUUGCAUUUCUAGCUGCGGGACAUGCGACCACUGUAAGAGAGGGAUUUAUUCUCAUUGCGAGACGGGUGGUUGGUGCCUUGGAAAUAAGAUCGAUGGUACGCAAGCAGAAUACGUUCGGAUACCCAAUGCGGAAAACAGUCUGUACAAGGUCUCACCUGGCAAAGACGAAGAAGCAUUAGUUAUGCUUUCUGAUGCAUUCCCAACUGGAUUCGAAUGCGGUGUCCUAAAUGGAAAGAUUGUACCCGGAUCAUCUGUGGCAAUUGUCGGUGCCGGUCCAGUUGGCCUUACUGCUCUGAUCACUGCACAACUGUACUCUCCGAACAUAGUUGUCAUGAUCGAUGGCAAUGAAAACAGACUUGAGGUAGCCCAAAGGUUUGGAGCUACACACACCGCGAGCCCGUCCAAAGCAGUUGAUGUUGUGAAUGAAGCUACGUCAGGCAAAGGUUGCGACACUGUGAUAGAAGCGGUUGGUAUACCGUCUACCUUCUAUCAAUGCCAGGAACUGGUUGCAAUAGGCGGGACUAUUGCAAACAUUGGCGUCCAUGGCGCAAAGGCCUAUCUGCAUCUUGAAAAUCUUUGGGAUAGGAAUAUCACUAUUACAACGAAGCUAGUAGAUACUACGUCAACUUUGAUGUUGUUGAGGCUAUUAGCUAGGGGGAAAUUACCAGCCAUGGAUCUAAUUACGCAUCGAUUUAGAUUCGAUGAUGUAGUAGAGGCAUAUGCAACAGUCGAAAAAGCUUCUGAAGCAAAAGUGGUGAAGAUACUUAUUGAGAUGUAAAACAAAGGGAGAGGGAGGAAUAAGAACCCCAACACUCUCAGUCUACUAGGUAAUAGCUGAUUUGAUACAGAGAGGUGUGCUUUAAUGUCUAAUAGCCCAGUUGUUACUUGUUCGUUAGUUAUAAUCACUACCAAAUAUUUCGAAUUUAGUACUAUAAGUUAUCUCGAGGCAACUUAAACUUACCUUCCUGAUAUUGUAAUCCUGCUCUUUCACAAGCUAUAUCGAUAAUCUACCUACUAGUUGGCCGAAUCCUUUUACCAUUCAACGACACAUCUGCAGGGUACAACUAUGCCAGUGCAUUCCCUACUGAGUUGAC